AUGCCCCGACGAAUUCUGACACGCGGACCGCUUCGUGUGACCCGUGACAAUCGAAUACAUCUACUACCUCAAACAGUAAUGAAUACGGCGGACUUUUCGUUGAUUAUCGAUCCGGUCCGGGAACAGGAUGCCGGGGAAUAUCGAUGUCUGUUCCAGCUCGGAUCUGAAUUGCAUCACAAAGUGGUAAUUCUGGUGAUCAAAGUUCCCCCGUACUUUGAAGAACGACCGGCCAAAGUGGUCAGAGCAGAUGAACGAGGCAAUCUGCGUCUUUUUUGCAACGCGUCCGGUGCUCCACAACCGAAAAUCCGUUGGUGGGUCCGACUCAGUUUAGCCCAACUACAGAACACCGUUGCACACGUUGUUCACAAGUCAAAUCGAUCACGGGCCAUGCAAGAACAUGAUUCGGACAAGGAAGGGGAUAGCCUAUUCUUUAGAAAGGAACGUCUCCGACCGAUUGAAACAAUACUCCCUCUCUAUCAGAAUGAUCCACCCGAAAUCCGAAUGAGCAACAGUGAAAUCCAACAACAUCUGGGUGGAAACACCAUCAUCAGCUGUACCAUUCGUGCCUAUCCGUCGGGGACAGUGGAAUGGGAACUGAAUGGCGUCCCAAUUCACGCACCCUAUUGUGGUUAUUUUGAAGUUAAACGGAUGAAGUAUUGCCAAAUUGAAUACCACAAAAUCGCUCGUGAACCCACCACCCUGACCGACUCAAUUCCCAGUCCGGAAAGCACAAUCAUUCCAUUCUCUCCCGGAUCUGACAACGUACUGUCCCAACGCAUGGACAUGGAUGAGCAAGAAUUCUAUCGUUUGUCCGAUGUACGACUGACCGUCGCGAAUAUUACUCAUGCCGAUUUGGGUCUAUACACGUGUCGUGUACGGACCAGUGCCGGGGUGGGUGAAGGAUACACCAGAUUGGAUGCACAUCGUAAGUGA